AUGCUAGCAACAAUCCCUGAUGCAGCCGAGCCGCAACAGGUGCCUCCCACCACCCAACACAAUGACGACAAAGUCUCUGGUGUGAUCGGUGGCUGUGUCUCUUGUUGGAAACGAGCGACAGGGUUUCUACACUUGGGGAUUACCAAUUCUGUCAUCGCUUUCAGUCUCUUAGCAGCUCGGAACCCCAAGAGGUGCAUUGGCCUUGUCUGCCUGCUAUCCAUUGCCUUGAUAACCACUGGCGUAUAUACCAAUAUGGAAGUGAGCACGGACGAUGAACAAGUUUAUGCUCCGGUCAAAAGCCUGUUGAGAGAUCGCUAUAAGUGGGUGGACGAAACAUAUCCUGUCUUUUGGCGGCCACUCAUGAUGAUUGUGCACGCCAAUGGGGAUAAUGUCAUGACCUAUGAAGCCAUGAGACGACUAAUGGAAGCCACCAACCAGGUCCAAGCUUUGGAUCGUUACGAGACCAUGUGCGCUGGCUCUGAUGGAACCAAUAGUGGCUGUGGUAUCCCUGGUCCUACUAGGUUCUGGCAACAUAAUAUGACAUUGUUCGAAAAGCAGACACAGGGGUCUGAUGAGGUGGUGAUGCAGACUCUAUCCCAAGAAUUUUUGGAUGGAGUUCCCUUCCCACACAGCUUGUUCAUUGGGAAUAUACAGCGAGAAGAAAUCACAGGCAAAGAGGGGGGGAAUGCCACGGCUCUCAUCACAUCGGCUCAAUCCUUGUUCACUAUGAUUGAAUUCCCAUACUGGCCCAAUGGAGAAAGCCAGGAGUUUGAGCUGGAAAUGAUCAAUCUACUGAAACCCAUGAAAGACGACUGGGCAGCUCAGGGAGAAGACCAGCCUUACCGACUAGAGUUUUACGCUCUUAGAACCCUACCGGAUGAGCUCACUCGAGCCAUUGAAAGUGAUAUUCCCUUGAUUCCUUGUGUCUUUGCCGUCAUGGCAGCAUUCACGUGCAUGGUUUUUUGCCGCAGAGAUGUCAUCCAAUCGCGGGCACUGCUGGGCAUCGGGUCAGUGGUCACGAUUCUGCUGUCUAUCAUGAGUGGCUUUGGGCUGAUGUUUAUCAUAGGGCUGCCUUUUACUAGCAUGACAACAAUCCUUCCAUUUGCCAUUUUUGGGAUUGGACUAGACGACACAUUUAUUAUUGUUGGGGCAUACCUGAGGACAGACCCUGCCAAAGAUCCUGUUGAGCGGAUUCGAGAAACCAUGGAAGAGGUUGGAGUGAGCAUAUCCUUGACAACAAUCACAACUACCGUGGCAUUUGUAAUGGGGGCAUUGACAUCCAGCAUCCCCAUCAUUCAAUGGCUGUGCCUCUAUGCAUUUCCAACCAUCUGUAUUGAUUUCCUGUAUCAGAUAUCCUUCUUUGUUGCCAUCUUGGUAUUGGAUGAACGGCGAAUUGCAGCAAAUCGAAGAGGCUGCUGUGUGUGUUUCCGUGUCAGCAAAAGGGGCAAAGCAGACACGGAUGGAUUGGAUGAGGAUGUCCCGCAGGUAGCCGUCCCCAUCAAAGCACCGGUGGUUGACCGGUUCAUGGCAUGGUACUGCGAACAUCUGUUCCACCCUAUCAUAAAGGUGUUUGUCAUGAUUGCCUUUGCAGCCUUGCUCAGUGUCUGCAUUUACAGCACGACCCUUCUCGAACAAGAGUUCAAGCCAGCCGAAUUUCUGCCUGAUGGGUCUUAUGCAUUCGCCUUCAUUGAUUCUUUGAACAUGUAUACCAAUCGCAAAAUGGGAAUCUUUGCUUUCUUUCGGGAUAUUGAUCAGUCUGACCCACAAGUUCAACAGCAAAUGAUUGACUACCUUCACGAUCUAGGGGAGCUUCCUCAGGUCAAUGCCAAGGGUACACCGGAUCUCUGCUGGGUCACAGACUUUCAAAAGAUAUUGAAUGGGGAUGACCCAGCCUUGGAAGCGUACUCAUCCCUACUUGGGGAAAACAGCACUCUGACAUUCACAGAGAAACUGGAUUUCCUGCUGAGUUUUCCAGAAAUCAAUCAAGCAUAUGGGAAUAGUAUUGUGCGAAAUGAGGAUGGAGAAAUCGUGGCGUCUAAUUGUUGGGUUGCUGUCAACUAUCUUGACAUGGACGUGGUCCAGGAACAGAUUACCUUCCUCGCUGACCAGCAAAAGGUUACAGCGGCACAACCUAUCAAUCAAGGCGAUGAAAGAUACAAGUUCUUUGCAUUUGAUAUUGUCUAUUUCAUCUGGGAAUUCUACUCUGUUGUGGUCAAAGAGCUCACCUUCACCACAGUUUCGGGUAUCGUGGCAGUUACUGUAAUUGCCUUCAUCCUCAUCCCGCACUGGUCUGCGGCACUUUUUGUGUUCCCUUUGAUGUGCAUGCUGUACAUAGACUUAUUGGGGAUACUCCAGUUUGCAGGGCUCUCUGUCAACCCCUUGACCUACAUAUGCCUUGUGAUCUCUGUGGGUCUCUUGGUGGACUUUAUCAUGCACAUGAUCCUCCGUUACUACGAGUCCAGAAUGCCCACUCGCGAGGAAAAGGUCAAGGAUACACUGAGAACAAUGGGGUCUUCCAUUCUGGUUGGUGGUCUCUCUACCUGUCUGGGUGUUUCCCUGUUGGCAUUCAGCAGCGGUGGACUCAUUCAGACAGUCUUCAUUAUGUUCAUCGCCAUGGUUUCUGUGGGUCUUGCACAUGGUUUGAUUCUGUUGCCAGUGAUCUUAUCAUAUGUGGGGCCAACUGUAUGCAUCAAGCCUGACCACUGUGAAGGUGACAAUCAGUGGGAGACUCCAGAUGAUGAUGACGACGACGACGACGAGAAGAACACGGAACUGUCUCCAGAGGAUGGUGCAAUGUCGAAAUCGAACGUUGCUGAUCGUCCAGAACCGAUCGAUUGGCUAGCUCUCUGCACGCCCGCAACUACGGAAGACGAGUCAGACACUAGCACUCCAGGAUUUGUUACAGAAGUGGAAGAGCCAGCAAGCAGCAUGCCUGGAACCCCAAAAGAGGCGCCACCACAAGACGUCCUGGAAGCCAACGGCACGCCAGAAAGUCCCCCCAAGGCAGCUAACGAGGACGACUGUGGCGAAGACGAGGACGAGACAAGGAUUGUCGCCACUUCCACGGAAGAUGUCAUGAUAACAACCUGCUGCGACGCAUCAUUUGGAACGCAGUACGGUGUGAAGCUAGCUAGGGCUGCAGCUGCUAGUAGGUAG